AUGGACUCGUCUACAACUGACAGCAUACCAACAAGGAAUGCAAAUAUCUCUCUCAGAAUUAUGAUGGAAUAUCUUACAGCGUAUGAAAAUGUGAACUCUCCAGAAUCAAAAAAACUCAUUUCCAUCUUAAAACGUGAGCUUUCAAUCCUUUGUAAAAGAGCAGAUGCAAAAAAUUUCAAGGAUGUAGAAAUACAUCGUCUAAUGCAAGGAAGUGUCAUUGCUGAAAGUAUUGCAUUGUAUAACUAUCCCAACAACAACUCACAAAUAAUGUUUCUAAAUAACGAUUUGGGACCCACCCUGGAAAAAAUCUUUAAUGACUCAGAUUCGUUUAAAAGGCUCAGCAUAGCUCUCGGCAAUGCUUCCAUCCAAAAUGCCCAAAUUAUCAUGGGGACAGUUGAAAUAUCAAAUAUUUCAGAUCUACAUCAGUUUGUGCAAUGCACUGUGAAUUUUACAAGCUUAACUGUAGAGCUUGAAGAUGGAGCAUGGGUAUGUGUGGGACCAUGCCAAAAAAAUCCCAACUUCUGCAAUCAACAAGGUGAAUGCCAAAAUGAAAUAAACGGACCACAGUGCAGGUGUCACAGUUCUUACUUUGAGAAGUACUAUGGAGCACAGUGUGAGCUUUACAGCAGAGGAGCCGGUUUCUACGCUGUUCUCUUCGGCUGUUUAGUAGCUUUUACUCUACUUAUCAUCGUUUCAGCCGUGAUGAUUGUGGUGUUCUACAGAGCCAAGAGAUAA